UGGAAUUUCUACCGGCCGCGCGUUUUGUAUCUUUUUAUUUUCCUACGGGCUUUUCUCAACGGGUCAACUUGCAUUCCGCCAACGGCAUCGGUCACAUAUAUACGCAAUACAUUGUCCCCUCUGUCUCAUUCGGGGUUGACUACGUAUUUGUUUUGAAAAGUGUUUGACGAGGAAAGAGAAUUGUUGUUCGCUAGUGUUUUAUCGUUUCAACGUCUCUGAAGCCACCAUGACCGGCUUGGGAGUUCCAGGCUCUUUCCUUCUUCCGUCAAUGUGCCAUAUCGGAUGCAAGGAGGGUAUUUGUCGGCUAAAACGUAAAGUCGACGACCAUUCUCCGCCGCACGCCCCCCAUGCCACCUCUCCUUACGCUUGCUACAUGUUGCCACUGCACGGUACUUCUCUAUGCGUGCAACAUCAGCACAAUAACGGACCUCAUCAUCACUCGCCUGUUGGCCACUGUAUUUUGGCUGGAAUCCAAUAUACACCACACCCAAGAGGAACUAUAGCAAGUCUGCCCACACCAUCACCCGCAGCACCCGCAGCACAACCACAAGACUUGCCACAAUCAAAGACGGUCGCAUCGGAGCACGCGCCCACAACCCACGAACAAGAGUCCGCCAUACCUAGUUAUACCACAGCCUAUGUGUCCAUCGACGGCCGCUCGGAAAAGAUGACAAACACCGAUGUCGCAUUGCUCGGAAAAAACAGAUUCGAGUCAACGAUUCCUCAAGGCAUCGAACUGCCCACAGCUAGAGUGCGAUCAGCAAAUGAACGAGUCAGAUGCGAGGAGCGAUCGUUUGUUGUACCCAGUGAGGUGACAUUGCGAGCAAAAAUAUGGGGAACGCCAAUGGACAAUGAAAAGGGUGGACCACGAUGCAUAUUGGCACUGCAUGGCUGGUUGGACAAUGCGAGCAGUUUCGAUAUAUUGGCUCCUAUGCUCGCAGAAUCUGGAGCGUAUGUAGUUUGCCUUGACCUGGCCGGCCAUGGACUCUCUGAUCAUCGGCAACCACAAGGAGGGUAUUAUCUGUGGGAUAUGAUUGACGAUAUACUCGGUGUGGUAGACGACCUUGAAUGGGAAACGUUUACUCUCAUUGGUCAUUCCACUGGCGGCCAUAUCGGCGCAGCGUUUGCUGCUACCUUUACCUCUCGUGUUCAGCGUCUGGUCAUGGUCGAGUCUAUCGGGACCGCGAUCCAAUUCAAGGACACUGAACCUCGUGAAAUGGCCGCUUUUAUUCGCCGACGACGAGAGAUGAACAAGUGGGGUAAAGCGACAAGAGUCUAUGAUAGUUUUGAGGACGCUGCUCGGGCCCGAACAAGGGGAUUUACCAAAGUCAGUUUGGAGGCUGCUCGUUUGCUGUGCGAACGAGGCCUCGAGCCAGUACUCCCGCGCGCGGACUCUGGAUCCUCAUCCUCCUGCGUAAUCGAAGGGGAGCUCCGAUAUGUUUGGCGCACCGAUCCUCGUCUCACACUCUGGGCAUACCUGCAUUGCGCAGAAUCCGCCAUCCAUCAGUUUUUUUCAGCGAUCGAGUGCCCUGUUUUUGUAAUGAUUGGCGAGAAAAGUGGCUUGUUCAACUUUGAGACGCCGAAAUAUGUUACAAGGCUGCAAGCAUUCAAGCAUCUCUCAACUGCAGUGGUUCCAGGUGGACACCAUCUGCAUUUGGAGCAAGAGUUUGUUGGAAGAGUGUUUGAGAGGAUUGUAGGGUUCCUUGGAAGUUGACGUGGAAGGGAUUUGGAGACAAAGGAAGAGCCUCAUUGAUAAUCCUAGCGUACGAGAUCCUCAUAAUUUAGUCUUUUGAUUCUGCUCACCUUCUUGUAUUUAGCUCCUUAUACUCCCUUUUACGUCCCUAUACAUAGUGUACAAAAAAAUAUCUAUAAUAUUUCAUUACUACUAAGGA